GUCCUUCGCAAUAUCAGUUGGAUAUACGAUUUCUUUAACUAUCGGCUUAGCCCUUCGUUUGGUUUACAGAUAGGAAGCAAACAUGGCCAGGGACCCAACGUUUGUCGGCUCAAAUCCAAAUCUGCAGCAGAGAUAGCAAACUGGCCAGAUGAUGCCGAAACAACCCGAACCCGAACCCGGAAAUGAUGGCACCGGUAUUGGGACCGAUGGCUGGCACCGCGGUCGCCGCCUUAUGCUUCCACUCUCCAACCACACCUCAUCCACUUACACCGCUCUCACCAGUCCCAUCUCUUGCGCCCGCCGGCGCCGACUUAUAUCACUUCCACCAAACACAAAAGCUGGUCGCAUGAUUCUCCUGAUUUUAGCUCUGCUGCUGGGCUUCUUCCUCCACUACAUGUGGAAAGCCGAAGCGGCCUUAAGCAAGCCGUGGAAACCUGACGACAGCUCCCUCGCCUUCAGCCAAAGACCACUCCCCCCACCAUCCAACGAGGCCCUCCUGUCCUCGGCCGGAUAUAAGCUUCCAUUACGAACCAAGGGGCGGGACAUCGUGGACCAAAAUGGCAAGCGCUUCAAGCUCUCGUCAGUCAACUGGUACGGCGCCAGCGACGAGCUUUUUAUUCCGGGUGGGCUUGACGUGCAACACCGCGACGUCAUCGCCAGCACGAUCCGUUCGCUUGGCUUCAACAGCGUGCGCAUGCCGUACAGCGACGAAAUGGUCAUUUCGAACCCGGAAGUCCCGCUGCGCCUGUUGGCGGCGAAUCAGGACCUCGUGGGCAAGCGCGCCCUGGAUGUGUUUGAAGCGACGGUAACCGCCUUGACGGACGCCGGGUUAGCCGUUAUCGUCAACAACCACAUCACCACGGCGACAUGGUGCUGCGGCGCUGACCCGUGCGAUGCUGGCUGGGCAAACGAUUUCCUUCCUGGCUCGCUGUGCCGGGUACGACAGACGGAGGCGCAGUGGAUUGACCACUGGGUGACGGUGAUGAACCGCUUCGUCGACAAUCCGCUGGUAAUUGGGGCCGAUUUGCGCAAUGAGGUGCGCGGGCUUUGGGGCACCAUGCCGUGGGAGAGAUGGGCUGCGGCGGCAGAACGAGCAGGCAAUGCCUUGUUGGGGAUAAACUCGGACUGGCUGAUCAUUGUGGGUGGGACCGAGUCCGGUAACGACUUGACGGGCGUGAAACGUCGGCCGGUCGAGCUUGACGUAGCAAACAGACUGGUGUAUUCGGCACAUGUCUAUUCAUGGAGCGGUUGGGGAAGCAUGGGAGGGCGGUAUUCGAAGCGCACAUAUGCAUCCUUCGUGAAGGCUAUGCGUCAGAAUUGGGGAUACCUGGUGGAAGAAAAUCUGGCGCCUGUUUGGAUUGGAGAGUUUGGGGCACCCGACCGUCCUGGCAUCGGUGAUGCGAACUACUGGCAGAAUCUCCUGAGAUAUCUCAAGGCGAUUGACGCCGACUUUGGAUACUGGGCCAUCAACCCGCGCAAGCCAAAGGACAACGAGAAAGAGUCAUACUCACUCGUCGAGGAUGAUUGGGUUACGCCGGUGCUGGAUUAUCGUAUGAAGGACAUGACGGAGCUUAUGAGACAGUGAGUGGUGCUGAUGUCUUUUGGCGUGACAGCAUUUCUAGGAUAUAGCUUCUGCUCGGCCAGAACUAGUUGACGGGAUUGUUGAUAUGCUUUGGGAGUAUCUAUCAUGGCGUUAGGGGGGGAGCGUAAAAGAUGCAAUAUAGCCGACCGGGAAAAGCGAAUAUAUUUGCAGUUUCUCUUGGGCCAUCUGACUUGUAACAUUUCUGCCUCGUUCCGAAGGAGACUAGAGGUACUAUUAUAUUUUCC